GCUCAACUGCAAUUAAAUAAAAAAAAAAAAAAUAUUAGUAAUAAUAAUUCUUAUCAUAAGCAACUACGAAAUAUAGCCAAAAUAAAAAAAAAUUUUUUUUAAUAUUAAGAGCAUUAUAAGAGGGGGCAAACGCACUUCAAGAUAAGCUAAGUAGCUGCCACCCGCCUCAACGCAAGCGUAAACGACCUACGAUAAGUAGAAAAAUUUUACUUUGAAUUCCUGUGACCGUAAACUGCAAAAAUAUUCAAAAUUACGACGUAUCACCCACCCACCCCCAAAGUCAAACAAAACCCGGCCAACAUGGACAACAGUUCAGGGCCGGGCUUUGAUGACGAACCGCCACCGGAACCGCGUGACGGUUGGCUACUGGUGCGCAUUCAUGUGCCCGAACUGAACGUUUACAAAUGUUUGCAAUUUCCAUCGGAACGCUUGGUUUGGGAUGUUAAACAACAGGUACUAGCAUCAUUGCCUAAGGAACUAAAAGAGAGUUUCAACUAUGGACUUUUUUGUCCACCAUCAAAUGGUAAGGCAGGCAAAUUUCUAGAUGAAGAACGUCGUUUAGGAGAUUAUCCAUUCAAUGGACCCGUCGGAUAUUUAGAGCUUAAAUACAAACGUCGCGUCUAUAAAAUGCUUAAUCUGGAUGAAAGACAAUUGAAGGCAUUGCACACACGCGCAAAUUUACGUAGAUUUUUGGAAUGCAUUAAUGGGGGUCACGUAGAGAAGAUAGCGAAAAUGUGUGCUAAAGGGCUGGACCCAAAUUUUCAUUGUUCUGAAAGUGGUGAAACGCCGUUAACUGUAGCAACAGGAGCUAAGAAACCAAAUAAAUUAUUAAUUGCACUUGUAAAUGGUGGUGCAUUAUUGGACUACCGUACUAAAGAUGGCACUACAGCACUCCAUAGAGCGGUAGAAAAGGAUUCGCUAGAAGCAGUCACCACUCUCUUGGAACUGGGUGCUUCACCAAAUUAUAAAGAUGGACGUGGCAUAACACCACUUUAUAUAUCAAUAACACGUAAAUGCGAAUCGAAAAUAACUGAGAGUCUCCUACACGACCAUGCAACAUUGGGCACGCAGGAUAAUCAAGGCUGGAAUGAAGUUCAUCAGGCCUGCCGACAUGGUCUUGUCCAGCAUUUGGAACAUUUAUUGUUUUAUGGUGCGGACAUGGAUGGCCGUAACGCUUCGGGUAAUACACCAUUGCAUGUAUGCGCUGUUAACAACCAAGAGGCUUGUGCUAGAAUGCUUCUAUUUCGUGGUGCCCAACGUGGUGCGCUCAAUUAUGCCAAUCAAACUCCCUAUCAGGUUGCAGUUAUUGCCGGUAAUCUGGAACUUGCCGAAAUGAUACAAAAUUAUAAAUCCGAUGAUGUUGUGCCCUUUCGCGGACCACCACGUUACAAUCCCAAACGACGCUCAGCCAUUGGUUGGCUCAGUGCCAAUGGUAGUAUUGGCGGUGGCAGUCUGAUGGGCACAUUAACGCGCAAUAGUACAUGUGGCCAUCAUGGUCCACCAUCGCCUUGCCCAUCCGAACAUUUACCGUACAGUUCGGCUAGUUCAAGUCUAUCAGAGGGAUCGUCCGGACAUCGUUCACACGAAGAUGACAUCAGCAUUGUAACAGUGCAACGUCUGCCCUUCCUCACAGAUAAGUCACUCGGCGAUACAAGCGACAUAAUAAGCGAUUCAUCGGGAGUGGGCACAAAUUCAGAUUCUGCUGCCUGCUCAAUAGGUCAUCCGAGUACUACAGUUGUUUGCAUGGAACCAUACACUGGUAAUUCCGUCGGUCAUAUACGUUUACAGCCUGGUGAUGUUAUUGAAGUGGUCGGUUCCACUGAUUGCGGACUACUUGAAGGAUAUGUACGUGGCUCCAAUCAGUCGGGCUUCUUUCCGGCCGAAUGUGUACAGGAAGUUAAUUUACGUCACAAAAAUAUAACAAAUGUUACUACUGCAAUACCACCGAAUCAGUCACCUUACCAACAACAUUCCGUUUCGCUAACCAGCAGCAUGAUGCAAGGCUCGCCACAAUUGAGUCUCGGCGGUAGUUCAGGCAUUGGCGUCUGCAGCAGUGGUGGUGGCACAUUGCCACGACCCAACUUAUCUCACCAUCAGUCACCUUCGUUAUCAAUGAAUAGCAACGGGUCCAACACAGCAUUGAAUGGUGUACAUAAUUUUUCAAAAGUGGGCACACAUUCAGUUGGUCAAUAUAGCAGCGCCACAGCUCCUCGUAUAAAGAAAACUACUUUUAAUGAGCCACGUAAUGUAGUGCUUCAUCGUGCUAAACGCGGUUUUGGAUUUAUAUUACGUGGUGCUAAAGCUUCUUCACCGUUAAUGCAGCUGAAACCGUCCGAUCGCUUUCCAGCCCUACAAUACCUAGAUGAUGUUGAUCCAGGUGGCGUGGCAGAUAUGGCCGGUCUACGGCGAGGAGAUUUCCUACUUGCUAUUGGUGGUGAAGAUGUGCGUGCUGCAUCACAUGAGAAAGUUGUGGAAAUGAUACGCUCCGCUGGUGCGCUAGUUUCUAUGACAGUAAUUUCACCGCAAUUUCCCAAUCAAAUGCAAGUUGCACCACAGUAUUUGCCCAGUCAUCAUUUAUCUAGUGGACCAAGCACACCACAAACUUCGCACAGACAGUGCGCCACUCUACCACGUAAAAUGUCUCUAGGUCCUGGUGCUAACAAUGUUGUCGGUCAUGGUGGACGUUUGCCCGCACCAAUGCCACCACGUCGAGAUCCUAAAACAACAUUAAGUGUUGGACGUGCUCGCGCUAAAUCUAUGGUUGCUGGCCUAGAAAAUGGUGGGGAAAAAGAUGAUGAUGAUGUACCACAUACCAAAUCUUCUUCAGUGGAGUCAAUUGUAACACCAACACCAACUCAUCCUGGUACACCAGUGCAAUUGCGUACUGCCAGUAUCAAGGCACGUCCUACCUCCAGCCGCAUUACUGCAGCAGAACUAGAAGAACUCUUCCAACGUCAACAGGGUGAAGUAGUUGAUGGCGCAAAUCGUUAUUCAACUAUGAUGACCACCUCACGCUUCCAAUCGGGCACAGAUAGUGGGGCAGCCACACCGCCUGCUAAUACGGGUUCACCUAUGAAAGGUCCCUUGGUUUAUGGUAGCGUUGCCGAAAUGAAGCGUAAAACUAAAACUAAAAAUGGUACAUUACGCGGUAAGCCAUGUGCUAUACCAACCGUUGGUGGACGAGAUCUCAAACGUUUCCAUUCCACUCCUGAUCUUAACACGAAUGCAAAUGGCUCGAAUUCAUCUAUUUGGAAUGCUGCGAAUAAAGGACAUCACUCACAGGAUGAUGUGGCUACAUUACAUGCCUCUAUGCAACGCUUAAAUACUUUGCCACCACCUACACAUCCUCCUCCACCGCCUCCCGUUGGACAAAUGGUGAAAGUCGAAACACGUACAACAAGCGAGUAUGAAAGCACCAUUUCCUUACAGCAGAAACUAAAGAAGCGCGCUGAAAAUGAUGCAGUCACUGCAGCUGCAAUUGAUGGUGUGCAGUCCAGUUUUAAUCCUGCAGCUAAUGCCAAGAUUUAUGCUUCUCCACAAGAACUGCGUAAUGUUAUGGCCUGGAAAUUACGGCAAACACAAGAGAAUCGCCAGAAUGGUCAGCAGCAAUCGCAAAACCAUCAAAUUAGUCAACAACAACCAAACUCAAAUAAUGUGACACCGCCGCCACCACCACCGGUUCAACAGCAAACACAACAACUCCAACAGACACAAAUUAGUCAAUAUGCCCAACCGACCAAUAGCACAGUAAGUCAAAAUCAACAGUCACAACACCAGCACCAGCAGCAACAACAACAGCAUCAGUCACCAUAUGCUGUCACACAGCAGAACGGAAGCUCUACUACUGCUCUACCUGCGGGUCCUGCACCACCAAUACCUGAACCAGACUACAGUCUCAGUGAAUCUGAUGGCGAAGACGAAAAUUCUAUAUUGGUGGCACGUAACACAAAACUAAAUGAGAAAAUCGCUUUAGAUGUGCCUGAAACUAGUGGUAAUAGUCAAACCAGUGGCAGCAGCACUGGAUCCGCUUCAAUUUCGCACUCUCUCUCCGUCGAUGAGAUUCAACGCAUACGCAGCAAUCUUAAGACAUCGAAGUCUUCUCCAAAUGGUUUCAUUAAAAAUGAAGAAAAAUCUGGCAAAGCCACUAAUGAUAAAUCUGGUAAAAGUCAAAUAGAGAAGAUUAACACAAAUGACAAUGAUGCACAUGAAGAAGAAGGCGAUAACAGUUCAUCUGGAGUAAGUAGUGACCAAGAAGUUGGUGCAACCUCUAAAUCAACUGAUACAAUUAAAAAGAAACCAACUGUUACAAUUGUCGAAGAACCGAAAACUAUUCCUAACCAUCAAAACAGCGUGGAUGAAACAGAUAAGAGCUCCAUGCCAACACCUACAACACCACCAGCGCCGGCUACACCGCCGGCUAUAGUCAAAUCUCAUGCUUCCACCUUACCACAUACCAUGCCCUCCCCUACUCCGCAAGCCAAAUCCACAGUUACGAUUACUGCUGCAACUGCCUCAGGCAUCUUGUCACCAACAUCAAUAAGCGUUGCUACAACAGCUGCAGCAUUUGAAGCCAAAACAACUGCUGCUUCUACUCUAACAGUCAAACAAAUGGUGCAACAACAACAUGCACCAGUCAUACAACAACAGCAACAACAAAUGACAGGCACAAAAGUAAAAACAUUGCUGGUACAAAGUCAACAAGUAACAAGCAAAUUGCAGCCUAAUAUGAGUGGACGUUUAACAUAUACACACCAACAGCACAUACAACAACAAAUGCAGCCACAACAGCAACAUCAACAAUCUCAGCAUUCACAUCCUAAUCCCAAUCAGAAAUUGCUAGCUACACAGCAACAUAUUAUGCAGCAGCAGCAAUUACAUCAACAACAGCUAGCACAUCAGCAACAUUUGCAGCAAAUCUUAAAGGCAAAAGCUGCUGCUGCAGGUGUCACUGCCACAAAUACUGCGGCCAUUGUGGCCAAACAGCAACAGCAAUUGCAUAAAGCGCAACAACAACAACAACCCACCGGUAUAGGAAACAAUAAUAAUGCCGAACAUGAUGAACAACGUUCUGAUGAUGAUGGUGAGCUAAGUCCAUCCCCACCGGCCAAAGCAUUCCAGCGACACAAUUCGCUUACACGCAAGCAAGCAGCAGCAAUAGCGAUGCAACGUGCCACACGUACCGCUGCCGUUUCGUUGGUGCAGCUACCACCGCCUAUUGAAGCUGACAGUGAUAACGAAAUGUCAUUGUCAGCUACAGCAAUAUCGGCUGUUACAAAUGUAACUGGUAAUAUGCAACAAAUAUGUCCAGAAAAUAUUGUAUUAGCGCCGCCACCACAAUUCUGCGAUUGUAAUGAUGCUAAACAUGUGCCACAACAACAGCAACAACAUUAUCAACAACAACAACAGCAGCAGCAGCAACAGCAACAACAACAGCAUCAUAUACAAUUGCAGCAACAACAUCAGCAACAGUUGCAAUUACAGCAGCAGCAGCAGCGCCAACAACAACAGCAGCAAUUGCAAAUGCAUUCAACGCAUAUGCAUCCUGGUAGUGUGGGUACAUUGGGACGUGUACGAAUUGUGGGUGCUGUACCAAAAUCGAAUCACCAUCGUCUGCAUUAAAAUAUCUUCUUAACUAUAUAAAAGUGAAAAGAAGAGUUAGAGAGAGAAUGAGAGUAGUAUGCGUGGGAAAAGAAUUUUAUUUGAAGAGAAUGAAAAGAGAGAAGAAGAGUUUUUAGAGAGAGAUAAAGUAUGGAGCUUAAAAUUAAUUUAUGAGAUAGUAACAAACUUUAAUAGCUUUAACUAAAAGAUUUGUAAAAAUCUAUUUAGCUUUGAGGGAAAAUAUAACCUUGUUACUUCAUUUUAAUACUUUUAUAUUUUUAUCCUUUUUAACAUCAUAACCUUUGAGAUCAUAUGCUCCACAGGGAGUUAACGGAACAAAGAAGAAGAAGAACAUCAUAACCUAUAACUUUUGGCAGGUUAUAAUGGCAAUCCCAAGGAUCAAUUAAUACAUAUUGGCCCAACUGAAUAGUAAAAAAUUAAAGUAAAAUAGUAAGAAUUAAGUAAAGCAUAAAAUUAAAGAUUUUACUUACUAUUCACUUCUACUCUACAAUUUCUCAAUUGUUCUGUAGCCAAUACCAAAUAAAAUAAAUUUGAAGAUAGAUGAUAAUAUAUAAAUAAAAGUUUAAUAUUAAGUAAAACAUAAUGGAGCAUAAGAUGUAUCAGAAAUAGAAUAAAAAAAGGGGUAUUGCGAAUAUAAGUUGCAUGUUAUAAACGUGUAGCGUGGUCAGGAGAGGAUACAUAACAAAAUAUUUCUUUUGGCUGAUUACUAAAUUUUGUAUAAUAUAAUUAAGGGACUUAUACUCCCUAUAUACGCAACUGAUAAGAACAAUAUAUAUGGGAUAUAGAUACACUUUAAUCUUCAGACCUUAUUAUAAUAUAAAUUAUUAUUAACAAACUCUUAUUUUUCGCAUUGCAUCUCUUUUCGAUAUUGUUAUCCCUUAAUUAUUUGAAAGUACAUGAAUUAUUUUUUUCGAAUGAAAAUUAUUUUAAAAAAAUUAACAAUAAGAGAACUGAAGAAAUAGUUUUGUAUUUAUUGGUUCUUAGUAGUUCUGUGCAUUGUUGUUAACUUAAUAUGAUUUAAACUUAUUAUAUUUAAUAUAAAUUUCUCUAGCUUCUUUGUAGACUUUCUCAAACAACUUCCUCUCUCACUCUCUCUUUCUGUGUCUCUCACGUCAUUGAGAGAAAAACUCUACGUCAAAAGUUGAACAAUUUAGUAAGAUACAAUGAAUUGUUUAAAAUUAAAGAAACAGCAAUUAUUUAUAUUACUUAACAAUUGCAACUACAUAAAUUAACAAUUAA